AUGUCCGACAACAGAGUGAACCAGGGACUUUUUGUCCCCUACCGGUCGAUGUUCGACCGUAAUACCGGUAGAGACGCGGGAAUGGAGCAGGCGCUAUGGGAGGCUCUCGAGGGAUUACGAAAGUCAGGCUUGAGAUUCGCUAGUGUCAGUGUAUCGACGGUGACCAUCCAGCUUCGUAAUAUCUUGAUGUGGCCACACAUUGUGUUCCCGAAGGAAUUGGCAGUGGCUUUCGUGGAGGCCGGUAGUCUUUCCUUCACAUACGAGGGGUGCAGCUUGCCCUCAGAUGCCGUUCUGAAGUCCUUUCCGUACCCCCGAGUUUCAAUGGCCACGCCGGUGGCCACACCUCCUGCACCUCCGGCGGCACAAAGCAAGAAGCGUGGCCGCCAAGCGGAGGAGUCCGACAAACCAGAGGCGGGUCCUAAGGCAGCUGCGCCCCCAAAGAAGCGCAGGCGCACUGCAGCCAAAGUUACGCAGGGCCAUAAGCCCGAGCAGCCAACGACCGUGCGAAAGGGCAGAAAAAACGCCGGCGGGGCCGUUGCUCAGGGUGCGGGGCAAUGGACAAGGAACGCUGCUGCCACCACGACCUGGGACAUCUCGACCGUGGCCACCUCAACCAUGGCUACCUCGCCCGUGGCCACCUCGACAGUGGCCACUACAACAGUAGUCACCGCGGUCGAUUCGUCUGUGGCAUCGGAGCUGAUCGACAACGGUCCCUCAACUUCGUCGACGUCGAUACUUGGAACGGGGCCCUCGCGUCCCCCAAGUCAGGCGGCGCUAUCCCUGAGAUCUCGCCCGUGGACGACAACACGCUCGACACAUUCAUUGCCGACUGUUUCCGACCAGUGGGAGGUCUCCACACCGGCCACGUCCAGGCUCCCCAUCCCGGCUGUCGUAUUGAUGGUACGAGACAUCGCGCUGCUACAACCGACGCCAGGUAUAGGGGAACAGACCAUGCCACUGCCGAAUGAUACGGCAUAUCAGCCGGUGCUCGUUCCACGUCCGCGUUCUCCAUUUCUGCCCGAUGGUCCAAUUGAACAGGAUCUCUGGGAUGAGUACUUCGUGGCAUCGUUCGGUCAGCUCUCACCCGAGUACCUUGCCUUGCCUGCGAUCGCGCCGGAGAUUACCGAUCCUGCUGUCGGUUACUCCGCGUGA